AAGAGAAGACGUUGUAGUAGGUGUUUCCCAGAACAGAGUAAUCAUAAGAGAGAAUCUAACAUGGCCAGAACAGCAAUAGGGUGCGAAGCAGUGGUAGGAUCACUUACUCCAUCAAAGAAGAGAGAAUACAGAUUCACCAAUCGACUCCAAGAAGGCAAGCGUCCCCUCUACGCUGUCGUUUUUAACUUCAUGGACUAUCGCUACUUCAAUGUCUUUGCCACCGUUGGGGGCAAUCGGGUAACGGUUUACCAAUGUCUCGAAGGGGGUGUUAUAACUGUCUUGCAGUCUUAUGUAGAUGAAGAUAAGGAUGAGUCUUUUUACACUGUAACCUGGGCAUGCAACAUUGAUGGGUCCCCAUUUCUUGUGGCUGGAGGCAUCAAUGGCAUAAUUCGAGUUAUUGAUGCCAGCGCUGAGAGGGUACACAGGAGUUUUGUUGGCCAUGGAGAUUCAAUAAAUGAAAUCAGGAGUCAGCCACUGAAAGCAUCACUUGUGGUGUCAGCAAGCAAAGAUGAAUCAAUUAGGCUAUGGAACGUCCACUCUGGGAUUUGCAUUUUGAUAUUUGCUGGAGCAGGGGGUCACCGCAAUGAAGUUUUAAGUGUGGAUUUCCAUCCUUCAGACAUAUAUCGGGUUGCUAGUUGUGGUAUGGAUAACACUGUCAAGAUUUGGUCAAUGAAAGAGUUCUGGACAUAUGUGGAGAAAUCAUUCACGUGGUCUGAUAUUCCAUCAAAAUUCCCCACAAAAUAUGUACAAUUCCCUAUAUUUAUAGCUUCAGUUCAUUCAAACUAUGUGGACUGUAACCGGUGGCUUGGUGAUUUUAUUCUCUCAAAGAGUGUUGAUAAUGAAAUUGUGCUGUGGGAACCAAAAAUGAAAGAACAGUGUCCUGGGGAGGGUACUGCUGACAUUCUGCAAAAAUACCCUGUUCCGGAAUGUGAUAUUUGGUUUAUCAAAUUUUCCUGUGACUUCCAUUAUAAUUCAGCUGCUAUAGGAAAUAGAGAAGGGAAAAUAUAUGUCUGGGAACUACAAACUAGCCCCCCUGUUCUUACUGCAAAGUUGUCUCAUCCUCAGUCAAAAUCUCCUAUUAGGCAGACUGCCAUGUCCUUUGACGGAAGUACCAUUCUUAGCUGCUGCGAGGACGGGACAAUAUGGCGCUGGGAUGCAGUAGCGACAGAAACCUAAUUUCAUGAUAGCAUGUUGAGUAAAAGAGCUUUAUUUAAUUUCAUGGGGAUUCUAUUGGAGAGUAAUACCAGUUAAAUUUUGUUGCCCUUGUAUUUAUUUUAAGAGAUGAAUCCAUUUUAUCAUCUUUGUCAAA